CCAGCACCAAUCUGUCCCUUGCAGCCCUGCCCUUGUCCCUGAUGGUGCCGCUCAGGGCCCCAGGCCCGGCCUGGGAAGGGGCAGUGCAAUGCGGUGAUUUCAAGAGAGAAUAUCCCUACAGCCCUGACUCACCCAGAGAGGCGCCCGGAGAGGACGCGACCGCUGCAUCUCCACUUUCUCCGGACGAGGAAACGAGUGAAGACUGGUUCUGAGCUUCCAUUCUGCCGCCGCCUUGUCCUCGGCUUCUCUCCUGAUGCAGCUGCCUGGGCUCUGAAUGUGUAAAGCAGCGAGGCUCUGGUCACUGGGAGGAGCCCUAAGCAAAGAGCUGUGUCUGCCUGAAGCGGAGGAUCUCGACCUUUGAGGGAGGGCGGAGGUAAAUCCAAUCCAGGAUGGGAGCUUUUCUGGACCGUCCCAAGACGGAGAAACAGAAUGAUCACGGUGAAGGGAAUGGGAUUCGAUAUGGGCUGUGCAGCAUGCAGGGCUGGCGUGUGGAGAUGGAGGAUGCUCACUCAGCAGUGCCAGAGUUACAGGACCAGCUGAAAAACUGGUCCUUUUUUGCCAUCUACGAUGGGCAUGCAGGGUCAGGGGUCGCCAAAUAUUGCGCCAAGAACCUCCUUCAGCACAUAACCAACAACCAGGAGUUCAAGGGGAUGAUUGAUGGAGGCAGUGAUUCACAAGCAGCUGUCCAAAGUGUGAAACGUGCCAUUAGGUCUGGGUUCCUGAACAUUGAUGAACAUAUGCGAAACGACUCAGAGCUGGGGAACAAUGACAUGGACCGCAGUGGCUCGACAGCAGUGGCUCUCCUGGUCUCGCCCACGCACAUCUACUUUAUAAACUGCGGAGAUUCCCGUGGUGUGUUGCAGCGGGAUCAGUCUGUGCACUUCUCCACUGAAGACCACAAGCCAUGUAACCCACGUGAGAAAGAGAGGAUCCAAAACGCAGGCGGCAGUGUUAUGAUUCAGCGGGUCAACGGCUCACUUGCUGUGUCCCGGGCCCUUGGGGAUUACGACUACAAGUGUGUGCAUGGGAAAGGUCCCACGGAGCAGCUGGUCUCUCCAGAACCAGAGGUCAUGGUCAUCGAGCGAUCCCAGGAUGAUGAGUUUGUCAUCUUGGCUUGCGAUGGGAUUUGGGAUGUAAUGAGCAAUGAGGAACUGUGUGCCUUUGUCCGAUCUAGACUUGAGCUGACUGACGACCUGGAGCAGAUCUGCAACCUGGUGGCAGAUACUUGCCUGUACAAGGGGAGCCGUGACAACAUAAGCAUCGAGCUGGUGUGCUUUGAGAAUGCACCAAGACCCUCGGAGGAAGCGAAACAAAGGGAAGCUGAGCUUGACAGAUUCCUGGAGAAACGAGUGAAAGAGUUGGUGGCCACGUCUGGCCCAGAUGCUCCUCUGGGGUUACUGGACAUAAUGCAUACUCUGCUCAUGGAGAACAUUCCCAACUUGCCACCUGGAGGAGGCCUCAUCAGCAAACGGAAUGUCAUUGAAUCAGUUUAUAAUCGGCUGGUCCCUCCAAGCACUGAUGAGGAUUUGAGGGAACCCGAUGCCACGUUGUAAUGCGAGGUUCCAGAUGUGUUGGGUAUGACUGAGGAACAAAGUGCAGAAAACACUCACCCCUGGAUUCUUUGUUUGAUGGACACUUGCACAUUGCAGAUGAGAUAUCUUGAGUGACAUAUUUAUAUAUUUGGAUUUUUUUUUGCCAGUCGCCUGCAGCCGCUUCAGGACAUUGUAGUUUGUUGCUGUUCCCUAGUGCUGUUGUAACAUCU